AUGAACGUUCAAGACAUCUAUGCCGAAGUUGACAAGCGGUACUCUGCCGCUGCAGGAGGAGUAGAAGCUUGGUAUGCCGAUUCUGUAACGAGAGCGUUUGGGUACACAAAGGAAGAGUUGUCAGGGAUUCUUCAGGAUGCCAACUUGGGUCUCUCUUGUGGCAAUCCUCUCGCGAUCGCGACCCUGCGUGAAGGAGAGACCGUGAUUGAUCUUGGAAGCGGUGCUGGUUUUGGUGCCUUUCUCGCCGCGCGAAAAGUAGGGUCCAGCGGCAGGGUCAUUGGCGUGGACAUGAACGAGGAUAUGCUUAAAAAGGCAGAAGCACUGAAGGCUUUAUGGGGCCAGAAAAAUGUCGAGUUCGUACAGUCUCAGAUCACACGCAUUGCUCUUGAAGACGGCAUCGCGGAUUGCAUCAUCUCCAACUGUGUCAUCAAUCUUGUCCCCGAAGAGGAAAAGCAGCUCGUCUUUAAUGAGAUGUUCCGUCUCUUGAAACCAGGCGGACGGUUUGCCAUUUCAGACAUCCUUGCCAAGGGCCCACUGCCGGAUGCUAUCAAGAGGAGCAUGGCUUUGUACGUCGGCUGCAUUGCCGGAGCAAGCGAGUUGUGGAUGUACCAGAAGUAUCUGAAAGAAGCCGGCUUCAAUGGUUAG